AUGGACUGCUCUCUGAGGAGCAUGUGCGUAAUGGAAUUCUUCUUUCGAAAGAAAAAGAAUUUAAGGACUGCGGUCAGCCUGACUUUGGUUUUUGCCACUUUACUGAUGCUUCAGAAGUUAAUAACAGUGGACACGAAUUUCAAAGAUAUCAAAGUCGACGUGAAACGCAAAUGGUGUGGCCCCACAUGUAAAAGCAUAAAGGCCAUUGAAAAUUCAUCCAACGGUAAUGGCUUGGCGCCGGUGGGACAACCCAUGCCAAGAAAAUGGGACGUGGAUCAAAUUCAGUGUCGUGAAAAUUCGACGAUGAAGACCCAAGCCUGGUUUCGUCGUUUGAGCCCAAAAUUUCACGAAUUUGUCCUGCACAGACAUUGCAGAUACUACCCAAUGUUGCUGAAUCACCCGGAGAAGUGCAGCGGUGAUGUGGAUGUUCUGGUUGUGGUCAAAUCGGUUAUCGAAGAGCAUGACCGGCGAGAAGCCGUGAGGCAGACCUGGGGAAAGGAGCAAGAAAUCCAGGGCUUGAAAAUCAAAACACUAUUUUUAUUAGGCACUCCAGCCACUGGCAAAGACGCGCGAAAUUUACAAGCCCUGGUCCAAUAUGAAGACCGUGCCUACGGGGACAUCUUACAGUGGGACUUUAUGGACACCUUCUUCAACCUCACCUUAAAGGAGGUGAACUUUCUGAGAUGGUUCAACAUCUACUGCAGUGGAGUUCCCUUCAUCUUCAAAGGGGACGAUGACGUUUUUGUCCACACCAAGAACCUGGUGGAACUAAUUGGCUUUAGGGUGGAGGAGAACAGGGUGGAAAACCUCAUUGUAGGAGACACCAUUUUCGAAGCCAAACCGAUCAGAAACCGCCAGAGUAAAUAUUUCAUUCCCAAAGAGCUGUAUGAUAAACGCUAUCCACCUUAUUUGGGUGGAGGAGGAUUUCUCAUGUCUUCUCUGGUGGCCAGCAAGCUCUUUGCGGUUUCUGAGAGUGUGGAGCUUUACCCCAUUGAUGAUGUGUUUCUGGGCAUGUGCCUUCUGAAGCUGAAGAUCGUCCCCGAGCUGCAUCUGGCCUUCCGGACAUUUGGGAUCAUUAAGCGUAAAGUGACUCGUCUGAACCGGGAGCCGUGCUUCUUUCGUAGCCUCAUCGUGGUGCACAAACUCGUUCCGCAGGAGCUGCUGCAAAUGUGGAGGCUUGUUCAGAACGAGGACUUGAACUGCGCCAGACAAGUUGUAAUAUGAUAAGAUGAGUAUAAAGAC